AUGGCUGAGCAAGCAGUUAAAUACCCAACUGAAGAAGAACUUAAAAAGCUCAUCUCAGAAGAAAUUGAAAAGGUCUAAAAUUUACCUUAAGCAGAUGUUGCAACAUUAAAAAAGAUUUACUCAUGCAUUGAUUUAACUUCUUUGAACUCUACUGAUGGACCAACUUCUCUUGAUAAUUGGAUUGACAAAGUAGUUUUCAAAGUCCUCGACGCUCAUCAUGAUAUUAAGCCAGCUGCAAUUUGCGUUUAUCCCAAUUUCUCCAGAUUAGUGAGCACUAAAUUAAAAGAAACUGGAAUCAAAACUGCAGUCGUUUCUACUUGCUUCCCUACAGGUUAAACAUUUUAAGAAGUUAAAGACUUAGAAACUAAGAUUGCUGUUGAACAAGGUGCUUAAGAAAUAGAUAUGGUAGUAUCAAGAGGUUACUGGAAUGAUGGAUUUUAAGAGAAGGUCAUUGAUGAAAUAAAAACAUAAAAGGCUAUUUGUGGAGAAAAAGCUCACUUAAAGGUUAUUUUAGAAACAUGCGAAUUGCUUUCUCUUUCCUCUAUUUACCAACUUUCUUAUGAAGCUCUUCAAAAUGGAGCUGAUUUUAUCAAAACAUCUACUGGUAAAGGAAAGCACGGAGCUACUUUAGAGCACUAUACAGCUAUGUGUCUUGCUUUAAGAGACUAUAAUGCUCAUACUCAAACUAACCACAGAGGUAUCAAAGCUGCUGGUGGUAUUUCUGAUGCUUAAACAGCAAUGAAGUUCUUCACCUUAACCAAGAAUUUACUUGGCAAAUCUGAUAACACUGUUUUUAGAAUUGGAGCUUCUGGAUUGGCUAAUAAUUUAAUUGAAGCUAUAAAGAAUCAUGAUCACAAAUAAAAUUUAGACUAAUUUGAAUCCGUAGAAAAAAAAUAAAAUACUGAAGCCUACUGA